AUGCUCCUGUCGAGUGACGCACGCGACGGGGGCCGGGAGGUUGCACUUCCAUUUUGCUGGCUGUACGGUGGCUCCGCAGACCGCCCAUCCAUAGCACCGCCUGUGGUGCCACCACCGGGGUGCUGCCACUCGCUGGUGAGCUAUCAAGAUCGCUAUCUCAUUUUAUUUGGCGGGGGAUCGCUCGCAAACUUCGCGAAUGACGUGUUUGUGUACGACAUGGAUAGCCGCCGCUGGUCGAGAAAGACCCCUGAAAACAGCGACAUGGUGCCACCACGAUUGGCACACUCUUCCGUUAUCCAUGGGGACAAGAUGAUCGUGUAUGGUGGGCAAGACCUCUGCAGUCCUGUAGUGUAUGAUGAUGUCCUGGAGCUUGACCUUGCUACCUGGAGGUGGUCUGUACUGCAGCACGCUCAGGCCGGUCCGGGAGGACCUGGUGCGCGUCGUCUUCACAACGCGCAUGUCGUAGGCAAUCGCAUGUACGUGCUGAUGGGCACUCCGGCGCCGCCGAGAGAGACUCCGCUGUGGUACCUGGACCUGCACACUAAUGUGUGGUUCCAUCUCCAGCCGACCAUCUCGCACGAUAGUGACACGGCCGACGAGCCCGCUGCCAUGCUUUCGCUGUGCGGCUGUAGCUCUGCGGCCUCAGGGGAUUGCAUCUACCUCUUCGGCGGGUACUUCGCUGAGGACGGUGAGCGUAGCUCCCUUUCCUACCGCGAGUAUGUGAACUCCCUCUUCGAAUACAAUACGAGGCUCAAUAUGUGGCGCGCGGUGAGGCUGCACCCGCUUGCGCCAUGCCCCGCUCCCCGGUAUGCCGCUUCCCUGGCCGUGCACGCCAACUGCCUGUACCUCUUCGGCGGCGACGCGAAUCAGUCAGACGUGUCCUUGUACUUUAGCGAUCUCUGGCGUAUCCGUGUCCAGGAUGACCUGGCGACGUGGUGCAAGGUGAAUGUUGCUGGUGCGUUGCGCCCCUCCGCUCGCAGCGGCUGUGCGUACACCUGUGCGCGGGCCUCGCUCUUCAUCGUGGGCGGUGAGCUUCCUGUUAGCGACGUCACCAUUCCUUGGCUCUACACUGCGGACCUCUUUCAGCUUCCCUUCGGCUACUCUGGUCAGCUUACACUGCGUGUCGCUGUGGCGCGCUGGCUUGGAGCCGCCGCUGGACAAUUCCGCGAGCUGUCUUCGCUACCAGAAGAGUUCCCACUGACGUUGGGUGCGCGGUGUGCUCUCGACGAGUACUUUGGAAGCUGA